GGAAAUAUUUUUUAAAACGUCCUAUUAUUUGUAUUCGCACCUUAAUGGAUCUGUCAAAAGUCGUGAAGAUAUUUGAAGAUGUAAUAGACCCUAAUCUCUCAGAAUCCUGGGACAAUACUGGGUUGCUGAUCGAGCCAUCAAAAGAAAAACUAGUUUCUGUGAUACUAUUUACAAAUGAUUUGACAGAUGCAGUUUUGAAAGAAGCAACAUCAAUAAAAGGUGAUCUUGUAGUAUCGUACCAUCCUCCACUUUUCUCUGCUAUCAAAUCAUUGAAAAGGACAAACUGGAAGGACCGUAUUAUUCUUCAAUGCAUAGAAAAUUCAAUUGCUGUAUAUUCUCCUCAUACUGCAUGUGAUGCUGUAAAAGGGGGUGUUAAUGAUUGGUUAAUCAACUGUUUCGGUGAGUUUUAUUAUAUUUUCAUUUUAUAAAUUCUCUGAAGCAUA